AUGGUUGUUCUGAAUCAACAGAGUGCUCAAGUUCCAUUUCAUGAAGAUCAGGAAGGAAUCUCGAUUCAAAGAACUUUUGAAAAGUUUCUCAAGGAGUAAGUUAAGGUCUUAUAGCGUGGUUUAUUUUGAAUGUCAGUGUUUUUGGAAAAUUUUUGAACUUAUUGUCUGAGUUUCAGAUUUAAAGACGAGCACGGUGAGUUGUUUUACGAACCUCACCUGAAGGAUCUACAAGAAGUUGAGAGGAACACGAUCACGGUCAAGUUUCCUCACGUUCAACAAUACUCUGCUUCCUUGUCUGCUGCCAUUGAGCUUCAGUUUUACAGGUAUUCCAUUUAAUUUUCUUUUAUUCUUGAUUUAGUGUUUUUUUAAAUGCAGCAUAUUUUAAAUUUUUUUUUGGACAAACUGGUAUUUAUUGUACUUUAAAUUAACUGUAACUUUAGGUAUUAUUCGUUCAUUUGUGACGCUGUUCGAGCUUUGGUGAUCGAACAAUGUCAAGAUGACUCUAUGAGACAUAUUGUGGAGAAGAAACAGAUCUACAUUAGUAUUGUUGGACUUCCAACCAAAAGACCAAUCAGAGAAUUAACAACUGAUAAGGUUGGGACUUUGGUCCGGAUCUCUGGUCAGGUGGUGCGAACUCACCCGGUUCACCCUGAACUGUUCAGAGCUACGUUUGUGUGCGAUGAUUGUGGUAUUACAAUUAGGAACGUUCUCCAACAAUUCAAACAUACUUUGGUGAGUUUUUUUAUUAAAUUUGUUACCUAAAAUUUUACGUAUUUUAUGUUGUAAUUCGUAAUUUAGCCAGCGAAAUGUGAAAGCACCAACUGUAGCAACCGCUCUCGUUUCUCCCUGGACCCUCACGACUCUACCUUUGUUGAUUAUCAGCGAGUUCGAAUCCAAGAAUCUCAAGAAGAGCUCCCUCUUGGUUGCAUUCCACGUACUGUUGACAUCAUUUUGAGAGGAGAAGCUGUGGAAUCUGCUCAGCCAGGAGAUCACUGUGAUUUUAUUGGAACGUUGAUUGCGAUUCCUGACGUUUCAGCUAUAUCGGCGCCUGGAAUGAGAGCUGAGACUAAGAAUAGGAAAGGAGAACAACAAAGUGAUGGUGUUAGAGGCUUGAAGCAGCUCGGAGUCAGAGAUCUGCACUACAAGUUGGCUUUCUUGUCAACUAGUGUUACACCAACCAAUGCUUCGGUAAGGUUAUAAUUGUUUUGGAAUUAUAUUCUAUUCUGUACUUAAAUUAUUCUUGGCAUAGUUGUUAGAUCUGUGGUAUGUAUAAUAUUAUUUGCAGCUUGGUGGUAUCGAGUUCACUCACGAUGAGAUGGAUCACGAUCAGUUGUGGAAGAAUACUAGUGAAUCAGACAGAGUGAAGCUUCGUCAGAUGAGUGAAGAUCCCAAUAUUAUUCAGAACUUGUGUAACUCACUCUUUCCUGACAUUUUUGGUAACGAUGAAGUUAAACUCGGCAUCUUGUUGAUGUUGUUUGGAGGUGUACCUAAGAACACGACAGGCUCACAUUUGAGAGGAGAUAUCAACGUCUGUUUGGUUGGUGAUCCUAGCUGCGCCAAGUCUCAGUUCUUGAAGUAAGUCAUUGCUUUGUAAAGUUUUUAAAGUUUAAUGUUGUUAUUGUUAUGAAACUUUUUUAUUGGUGUUGUACUUUAAUUUUCUUUUCAGGACGGUAAAUCGUUUUUCCUCUCGUGUUGUGUAUACUAGUGGAAAGGCGUCUUCAGCUGCUGGUCUUACUGCUGCUGUAGUUAAAGAUGAAGAAUCUUUUGACUUUGUUAUUGAAGCUGGCGCUUUGAUGUUAGCCGAUAACGUAAGUUUGCAAUCCAACUUUAUUAUAUUACUGUUAAUUUAAGUUUUUAGUUAAAAAUUGUUUAAUCCGUUCUUUAGUUGUUAUCAGAGCAAUAAAUAUGUAUAAUAUCAACGUCCUGAUUUAGGGUAUUUGUUGCAUCGACGAGUUCGACAAGAUGGAUGUGAAGGAUCAAGUCGCUAUUCACGAAGCUAUGGAACAACAGACCAUCUCUAUCACUAAGGCUGGAGUCAAGGCUACAUUGAAUGCACGUUGUUCCAUACUGGCUGCUGCGAAUCCUAUUGGUGGGAGAUACGACAAGAGCAAGCCAUUGCACUUUAAUGUAGCUUUGUCUGCUCCUAUCUUGUCUCGAUUUGACUUGUUCUUUGUGAUGACUGAUGAAGUCAAUCAGGUACGGUUUUUAAUAUUUUAAGUGUAUGUUGUUUUUUUAAUUAGCUUAAAAUCAUUUGGUAGGUUGGUGUGGAUAAUAUGAGUUGUUUUAGACCGUUGAUUACGCUGUAGCUAGACGUAUUUUGGACAAUCACGAAGUAUGGUUCAAGGAUGAAUCUGAAUGUCAACAUCAGAAGUACACUCCAGAUGAAAUUAGAAACUACAUCAUGUUCGCCAGAUGCUUCAGGCCUCAAGUAAGUUGAAUUAUUGUUGUCUUUCUUUAUAUUGUUUUUUAAUUAAUUUUAAAAUUUAUUGUUUUGUCAAAAUUGGCUUUUUUAGAUUUCUGAAGAAGCGAUGAAGUGCAUGAAGGAACACUACAAACGACUUCGUAUGGAUUCAGUGACUCCAGGUCAGAAGAUGAACAGAAAGAUCACAGUAAGACAGCUGGAGAGUUUGGUCCGUCUUUCUGAAGCCUUGGCACGUCUCGCUUGCUCUGACAGUGUUCUUGUUUCUCAUGUUGAACAAGCUGUGAAGCUUGUCAAGGACUGCAACAAGCCCGUUAUCAGUCCGGAUGUUGAUCUCGGCGAUGAUCUGGAUAUUGUAAGUGGUUUUAUAAUGUUGUAUCUAUUAGCUUUUUUAUUUUAAGUUUCUUAUCUAUUUUUAUUAUAGGGAAAUGUUGUGAUGGACGAGGGAGUUCUCAGAGAUGUCAGCAAUACCAACACACAAAGUAAUACACAGGCCGGUGAAGUUGAUCCAGACAAGCUGAAGAUCAAGUACGACUACUACAAACGAGUAGCUAACAUGUUAGUAUUGUACUUGAGAGGUGAAGAAGAGAAGAACGCUGAGGAUACUGAAUGGAGUGGUGUUAAACAGACUCAACUUGCGGAAUGGUGAGUUAUAUUUUGAGUAGUAUUGUUUUUAUAUGUUGUAUAGUAUAGAUCAACACAAUCUUAAUGCUGUGUUCUAUAUUGAAAUGAAAUUACAGGUUUUUGGAAAUGAUCGAAGAAGACCUGCAUUCAGAAGAGGAUUACCACACUCAGAAGGCCAUUAUCAACAGAAUGAUAAGAAAGCUGAUCAAGGAUUCGGUGCUGAUCAACCUGUCUGAAGAAGAAGAGCAAGACCCUUCACUGGUGGCUCAUCCUGAUCAUGUUGUGGAUGAUAACAUUGAUGUCGCUUAA